AUAGCAACAAGAGCUUGACCGGGCACUUAGCGCUCUUAGUUCCUUCCAGACAAGACCAUAGAAUGUCGACAAAUCUCAAAAUUGUGAAGAAAUGACAUGUAUUUGUUCUUUGAUUCGCGAAUUUUGUAAUUUUAAUUUUCGUUGUGAAUGAAUUUUUAAAUAGCUGUAAAGAACCGCAAUAAAAACUCAUUUAUAAUCUUAAAAUUGUAACAUGGCGAGCGAAUUAGAGAUAGGGGAUUCUAGGGUGGAAUUCAUGGCAGACUAUGUUCUCAAAACUUUAAAGCUGAAACCAGACAAAUGGACCAAGAUGUACAGUCUAGAUGAGAACAAACAGUUGUUUAUGGACUUUUUUGAAAAAGCAGACUUGAACACUAUCAUAGUCAUAGCAACAGCUGCUGGAGGACUCAAUGUUCAAUAUGAAUGGCCUCCCAAUCCUAAAGCAAAAGCUUGUUAUUUUGUAAAACGUUCAAGGGAUCCAAUUCUUAAAGAUACAGUAUUAAGGAAUGCAUUAAUUUAUGGAGAUUUGUCGACAUCUCCAUUGGAUCAGUUGUCCGCAUUUGUGGAUGAGGUAUUAUUUUUAUGUAAUCAUUUAACUAAACAGAUGAAUAAUUAUGUUAUUUUUAAGUGGAUACAUUGGCAUCUCUGAAUUAAGAAAUAAUUUUAGUUUUAAUCUAUAGGAAAAAACAGAAAAAAAAGUUUCUGGAAAACAUGUUUUAACACAACUACUUUGCCAACUUUUGACAGGUCCUUGUGCCAUUACUCUCCAAUGAGCGGAAUCAUGACCAGUGGCCAAAGGUUGUAUCUCAGGAUGUCACUCGCCAUGUACAUAACCUGAAAAGUAAUGUAUAUGUAGUGUCUGGCCAAGCAAAAGGGAAAACACUAUUACCACUACCAGUUGGCGCAGACAGAGUGGAAGAUGCAGGAGAUGGAGAAAAGUAAGAUCCCAUCACAAAUCAUAUAACUACAACUUAGUUUUUUUAAAUUUAAUGUUUAAUUUUAUCAUGGACUUCAGUGGCAUAUAUGUCCUUAGUUAAACUUUAACAUUUGUACCUCUUUUAUUAAAUUGGAAGAAAUAUCACAGAUUGCUAAGAUGCUAUGCCUAGCCAUUAGAAAAGUGGCUUGCUUCCUCUAGAACAUUUUAGUUCAAAUGACAAUUUUUUUAGCUCGAAGUUCCCCAUAAUAUUUAUAAUUUUAAAUCCUGUAUUUGCAACUGAUUAGAUCUAUUAUUAACAUGCCUCAACAUUCAAGUGCAAUUUUGUAUUUUUUCUUUCCUCUUUUCAAACUGAAAUUCAUUAAUGCAUGUAACAUAAUGGUCUAGUAAUAUGUCCUCAGAGAGACAUAUGAUCGCAGCCUUGUGCAUGCCAUUGAAUCAGUUAUUAUUGAGUGGACACAUCAGAUUCGAGAUGUUCUGAAAAGAGAUUCUGUGCAACCUCUGCUGGAAGGAUUGAACCCUUCACCAUUUGUUGAGAUUAAGUUCUGGGAAAAUAAAGCACAAAAUUUAGAGUGCAUAUAUGAACAAGUAAGUUAGGCCCUAUACCUUUUAAUUUAUUAUAUUUAUAACAUGGAUUGGAGCCAACUUUUGUGACUGAGCUCCACUCUACCUCUAUACCCACAAAUUUUUGACAGCUCCACUCCAGUUCCACUCUGAGCUCCUGUUAAGGGCGCUUAACAGGUGGUAGUGGGUGCUAAGUUUUCAAAGAACUUUGUUUAUUAUUGUCAUUUACCAUCUUAUUAACUAGGCAUUAGAAAUGCAUGUACCAGCAACAUAACAGGUAGAAGAGUAGGGCAACAUAGCUGGUAGAAGAGUGGGGCAGUAUAGCUUGUAGAAGAGUGCGCAACAGCUAGUGAGAGUAGGGAAUCAUAGCUGGUAGAAAAGAGGGGCAACAUAACUGAUAAAAGAGUGGGGAAACACAAUUUUUUCCUUUCAAAAUAUAUUCAAAUGAUUUACAAUAAUUUUUUCAUCAGCUCCGAGAUCCAAAAGUGAGAAAAAUGGCUGAACUACUAGAAAGAGCCAACAGCAGCUAUUUCCCAUCAUACAAAAACAUUUUUCGAGAUGUAGUUGCAGGUGACAAUUAAAAAUGUUAUUUUUUAAAUGACAUUGUACAAGACUUUUUUGAAGCACGACUAAUAAGAAUAAAGUAUGAAUAAAUUUUACAAGAAAAAAUAUUGAAAUAUUUAUAUUGACUGUUAAAUAUUACUAUUUUUAUAAUGCAGCUUUAACCGAGGCUCAAGAUAUCAACAUGCAUUUGAAGCCACUUCGCCUUCAACUUGAGGAUCUUGAACAAGCUGAAUUUGAUGAAUCUGGAAAAUAUAUGGGCCCAUUGAUACAUACUGUCUGCCUUAUUUGGGCCAACUCUGAUUACUAUAACACACCAGCUCGCAUAAUUGUUUUGCUUCAAGAGAUGUGUAAUAUGAUAAUUGACAUGGUACACUAACAACUCAUAAAAUAAUCUUUAUAUUGUGUUAAUUAAACUGUAAAUAAAACAAAAAACUAAUAAUAAAAGUAGCUAAAUGCAAAUUUUCAUGUAGUUAAUCAAUGGAUGCCUUUUUUAUGUGCCUAGGAUGGUUGUUUCUAAGAUGGUUCAGCAACAGAAAAAAAUGAAACACUUUGAAAAUUACAAUUCAAACUUCUAACUAAAACCAAAGCCUUUUUUAAAUGCAGGGUAUUUAAUAUGAAAAAAAAAAAGAAAGAACAAAUAUGUAUUUUGUUCAGUAAACUAUAUUUUUUAAAAAAUAUAUAGCCUACAUACAUAGGAGCCAGAAUGAUCAAUACAUUGAUUGUGACCCUUAAUAUAUAGAAGAAGAAGCUUAGCAAUCAGUUAUUCAUAUUAUUGUAAAUAUCAAAACUCUCAAUAACAAGAGCAUUUAAUUUGACCUGAAAAUGUUAAAAUGUAUUCAGAUGUUGGCAUAGAAUAUUUUUUUGUUUUUAACAGGCCAGAAAUUUCUUGGCACCUGAGGAGAUAUUUAAAGGUGAAGUGGAGGAGGUGUUUGGAAAAGUAACCAAGGCACGAGAAGUUCUUGCCAAGUUUCAAUUGGCAUAUGAUGAGCACAAAGCCAAGCUAGCCUCAUAUUUUAAGAAUGGCAAGGAUCCACUUGAAUGGGAGUUUACUCCUGAACUUGUAUUUGCCAGAUACACAAAAUUCCAAGAGCGAGUGGAUACAGUGAAGGUAUAUUAAGAAAAUUUGCUAUUAAAAUAUUGAUAAUUAAAAUAAUUCAUUUGACAAUUUGAAUGACUGCUUUGAAUGUUUCAGCUUAACAAAUUUUCAAUAUAAAUUUAACAUUAUAUAUGCAAGGUCUAUUUUUUUUGUAAAUGUUUCAAUAGCAUAUUAAUUAGUUUCAUUAAUAAUAAACAGUUUUUUCAAUUUCAAAUUAAGUUUUGGUAUUAACAAAGGGACCAAAUUAUGAAAAUAAACUGCCAUUAAAAUUUAUGCCUGAAUAAAUAAUGAACAUUGGAGGUACAGAUUCUUCUAUAAUAAUCAUUUAAAAUUUUAAAGGAACUGAUGGAAACAGCAUUGGAGUUUUAUAAGUUGGAAAAGAUAGAACUUGGAGGUAUUCAGGGCAAACAGCUGAGUGCCCAAGUCCUGAGCAUCCAUAGUGAAUUUAAUGAGCAGUACAAAGUUUUCUCUGAAAGAACUUAUGACUGCUUGGACACUAAAAGUGAUGUAAGUUUUGUCAACAUUAGUAUUAAAAAGUAUAUUUUUAAAGGCUAAUUUCAGCAAUUUUCAAUUUUUGUUUAUCAAUUCAAAAUGUCAACUUUGUCAAAAAACUAUAUUUAUGUAGGAAUUUAUUGUGGACUACCAAAGCUUUCUUGAGAAAAUUGCUGACUUUGAUCGUCGAAUUGCCACAAUUAUUUGCCAAGGAUUUGAUGACUGUUGCAGUUUAGAGUCCACAUUUAAGGUAAAAGUUGUUUUCUUAGUAUUUUAGCAAACUGUCUCUUUUAGGAAACUGUCUCAUUCAUUAGUAACAAUAUUAUAUUUAAAUAUUUAUGUAGCCCUGUGUUGACGUGGCUUACAGUUUAAAAAUCCCAAUAAAACAAUCAGGUCUGAGGACUAUAGCUUUUUAGGUACAAUCCGUUGACAGAGCCGACAGAAAAAUCUCUUACACAUGCAGCCAACCCGACGUAUCAGUCCUCACACAAAAAUCUCAAAAUGUACACACUCCAAGUCCCAGUUUGCCCCCCUUCUGGGUUAAAUUUAAAGCCCCUGCCUUAUAUAACACACAGUCACGGGGAAACCGCGCCACGAGCUGAUCAUGGGUCAACCCCGGGGCAGGGAUGAUUAUUCCCGCGGGUAAAUAACCAACAUAAAAUUUAAGGUCAGUACACAGCUGUGUGUUACUUUAAAUGACCAUGGAUAUGUACGUGCUUGUGGUUACCCACAGCAGUCACACUAUGACUAUGAGAGUGAAUUCUCUUAUUCUUAUUCUUCCUAUCUGUGGCAUACUGCCGCAUAUAAAAUGUUACCUAAAUGCAGUUGCAAAUAGUGGCACAUUGCCACAUUUAAAAGAUUUAUUUCAAUUAUUUUAAAGGCCACCUUAUCUAAACUUAUUUACAUGUGGUGGCAUGAAGGUUUGAAUUAUUUAUUUUAGAUGUUCACUUAUUGUAGACAAGAAUCAUGGCUGUAGUGAUUCAUGAAUUUUUCAUGUCAUGUUGGUUUUACCAUCAUAGCUUAUUGACAUUAUGGGCACAUUGCUGGAUAGACCAAUGGUAAAAAAAGACUUUGAUGAGAAAUACCCCUGUGUUGUGGACAUGAUGCACCAAAUGUUGGAUGAGGCUAAACUGAUGUAUGACAAGCAGGUUGGUAAAACUCCUCUGUUGUCCUAAAAGAGACAUUUAAAGUGGUUUAUUUUAUUUAAUGGUAAAACUUACAAUGCUAUUCAAUUUGUAAUGAAAACAAUUACAUAUGUUUUACAAACCAAAUAACCAAUUACACUGAUCUUCAUAUUGAUUUAUUUCUGUCAUAUUUAACAAUUAUUAAAGAAAAGAAGAGCUAGGACAUAGUUAUAACAGAUUUGAAUUUUAAAUUCAAAUUACAUUUAUUUCAAAUUUUUAAAAUAAAGGAAGGAUUCUAAAGUAAGACAUUUUUUUUUGGUUCUUUUUAAAAAUGUAUUACAGAUUGCCAUAAAAGCUGAAACAGGGAAAGCACCAAUCCACAAAAAUAUGCCAAAUAUGACAGGCUCCUUGAAAUGGUCACAGGAAAUGGGUGACAGAAUCACAGCUCCAAUGGCCAGUUAUAAAAGAAUGGAGCAUCCGUAAGUGACUUAAAUCAAGUAUCAUCAGUCAUGAAGCUGCACAUUUUAAAAAAAUAAUUUGACAAUUAUAAAUCAAAAUUUUAAUUUUAAUCAUGAUGUUAUUAAAUACUUGAGAUGCAAAGAGUUUUUCUUUAAAAUUUAAAAAAUAACUUGUUAAAAUGAUAUGUUUUAAAUUAAAUGUGCCAGAAUUGCUAAUCAAAAAUGUAGGUAUAACAUAUUUUAAUAACUACUCAUCUAGUGCAGUGCUCCACAAUUUUACUCUCACGGCACACCUAGGCCCUCCGCAAAAUUUUGUAGCACACCACUAAUAGUAACAUAUACAUUUUGGAACAUUUUGAAAUUUUUUGCAGAACAUAUAAAUGUUUCAUAUUUAAUUCAAUAUCUGAUGAAGCUCACUAUCAUUCUAAAAAGUAUUACUGCUUAUCAUUUUUUCCUUCAGAGAAGUUAAAUUUCAGAGUACCACCAUUCCUUAUUUACAGAAAUCCAUUUUAAACUUGAAGGGAAAAUGGCUCUGCAUAAUUUUCUGCAGAUAAUUGUUAUGUACCAUUAUAUGGUUUUACAAAUUUAAUUUGUUUUAAGAUUUUUUUCCUUAGAUGAAUGAAAAGGACUGAAAACCAAAAAAAAAAGAAAAAAUAUACCAAAGCUAGUGAUAUUAACAAUAUUCAAUUAAAUUAUACUAUUAGGUUGAUAUAAAAUACAAAAACAAAUAUACAGAAAUAAAAUUACAUUAACCUAUAGCACUCUCCUAUAUAGUAAAACAAAAUAAUGCGUUCUUAAAGAAAUUUGAAGCAAAAUUUUAACGUGUGAACUAAAAAAAAUAUGCAACCAAAUUUCCGUUCCAUCAAAUUUCCGUCGAUCACUUCUCCAUUGAUGAAAUUUCUUUCGAUAAAAUUUCAGGAUACGAUUUAAUAUAUAUCAUCCCAUUUAAAAAAUCAUCCCAAUUAGUUGCUUUUUCUAAUUAUUUCUCAUUAUUAAACCCAAGCUUUAAUCAAAUGAUUGCCAUACAAGCUGGUUAAAAAAAAUUUCACAAUGUUUUUCCCACCAGUACAAUGAAUAUACAAUCAAAAUUUAAUUCAAAAUCUUACACAGUAGCAAGAAUGAGCGAGUCAGUUUCUAAGGCUAUAUAAUCAUUUUUCUCAAGCCUUAGAAACUGACUUACUCAUUCUUGAUACUGUGUCCAUCCUUGUUAUCUCAGUUUUUGUUGUUUUUUUAAUGUAGGGACAAAUUUACUUGCCGAGUUUAUAUUUUCCCAUGUGAUGGUUGACUUAAAAUUUUAAACAUCCCAGUUUUGGUAAUAAGCUAAUCACUGUUCUAUUUUAGCAUCACAAUUUUAUUACAUUUUUGAGUUCACCAUAAUAAUAUGAAUUGGUAACUUCUCAAGUUGGAGCUAAAAUGCUGUGGCACACAAAGCAGCAUCUUGCGGCUCCUAGUGUGCCAUGGCAUACUGGUUUCAGAUCUAUGAUCUAGUUUACUGAAUAUCCUCAAAGUGAUUAUCUCUUGUCCUCAGUGUUAUGGAAACUGAACAUGCUAAGCUUGUAAUAACCAAAUAUGAAGAAAUGAUGAGCUUGCUGGGACAGUAAGUAAUAUUUAAUAUAUAAACCUUUAAACUCAGUCAACCAUUCCUUAAAAGAAAUGAGAAGAUAAAGCCAAUAUCUAUUAACUUUGACUCUAAGGGAAGACCAUAAACUAUAAUUCUUGUUCUAACAAGUUAAAAAGCUGUGUCCAGAAUUAUAUUUUAAAAUGUAUAUUGCUAGCAGUUUUUUUAAAGGGCUAAAUAGUAUAAAUUACACAACGAAAAAAAAAUGACAUGUUUGUUUAGUGUUUAUCAACAUGAAAAAAAAAGUUAAAUUUAUCAUUUAUUUUUUUAAAAUGUUAAGAACGUCAUUUAGUACAUGAUGCUGCCAAAUAAAAUAAAUCAUUAUGAAUAAAAAAAUGUUAGAGCCAGUUUGAAUCUUUGAAAAUUUUCAGGUGGGAUAAAGAUAUUUACAAAGAUUGGACAGAAGGUGUGGAUGAGGCCUGCAGCUUUAACCUCAGUCAGCCAUUACUUACAAGACAUGAGGAGACAAAACUUAUAUCUGUCAACUUUGACCCUAAGGUAGCCCCAUAUUUAAAUGUUAAAUUCAAUAAUAUUUUUUAGCCUGUGUAUGAAACUGAUUAAAUUUGAUAAAUGUUAGUUUCUUAUUUUCAGUUUGUAACAUGUGUGAAGCUGAAAGAAAUUAUAUCCAAUAAAUUUAGAAUCUCAUAUUUUAAUAUGUUUAUAUCAGUUAGUUGCUGUCUUGCGUGAAGUAAAGUACUUGGAAAUUAGACAGAAGGAGGCUGUACCAGGGAGUGCCAGUUCUAUGUACUCAAAGAAUGACACUUUCAGAAAAUUUGUUGCCAACCUUGACCUUACAGUACAGUGGUAUAACAAGGUAAAAUAUUGAUAUUCUCCACUUUACUCAGUGGAUUUUAAGGUUUUUCUGUUUCUCAGGGCAAAAUCUUUUCAACUGAUUUUUACUGGUGUUAAAAAGUUGUUACAGAGGUGUUAACAAAGGGGCCAUGUCUGUGGCAUUGAGAUAAUCAAUCCAACAUUCAUUUUUGUCCAGAUUCGUAGGACAGUGCUGGAAGUUGAGUACCCUCUUAUAGAGGAACAGCUGGAAGAGAUUGACCGACAGCUGAGUCAGGCUGAGGGGACACUAAACUGGGAAAAAGAGAGUAUGUGGAAAUUCUUUCAUUAAAAAAAAAAGAUAUUGAGUUGAAUUCAUUUAAGUUUUUUUGCAUGAAAAAUAAGUGUAAUUUUCAACACACAUAUGAAUAGAAAUGCUUUUUACGUUUUUACACAUUUUUUAUAUCAUUAUACAUUAGAGACUUUAGAAAAUAAAAUGUGGUUCAAAAUUUUUGCAUCACAUAGUCUGGGAUUACAUUGAGAAGACAAGAGAUAUGGUCCAUGAUUUGGAGACCAGAAUUCAGAAAUCCAAAGACAAUGUUGACGAGAUCAAAAAAAUUAUGACCACAUGGUCAAAGACCCCAUUGUUUGAACGUAAAGAGGACAAGCAUGACACAUUGCUCCAGCAGGAUGACAGGGAGGACAGAAUCAACAAGAGAUAUGCAGAGAUCAGGGCUGCGGGUGAUAACAUUCAUGGUCUAGUUAAGGUAAUAAAUAUUUAAGGUUUCACUUUCUACAUACAUCUGUACAGUAAAAACUAUUUUAAAAUACUCUUUAUUCCGAUUCAAUGUUAUUCUAUUAGAUCCCUGAACUUUUUUCAGAUUUCUUAAAAGCUUCUAAAAUAAUAACAGUAAAUUGAAGAGUGUUUUAAUUUUUAUUGAAGGAUUUAAUCACAUGGGGGUGUUGGCCACAGAUAGUUAGUUCCCAAGUCAUUAUAAACUCCUGGCAAUGACAUGCAUUUGCUACUGUCUGCUAACUUUCCCAAAGGCAUUGCUUUUAUAAAAAGAAAUGUAUUUAUAUAACAAUAAGGAUCCUGAUCCAUUUUUUAAAUUUAAUUAAUUCAAGAAAUUUUGGAUGACUACUAAAAUAUCCAAAUAAAAGUUGUGUUAAAAAGUGAGCUAUGCAUUUAGGUCUGUUCAAGAUUAAUAGCAAGAAUAUAAAAGAGGAGGACAUAUGACUUCUUCAUUGUUAUACAUUAUAUGCAAAUUUCUUCUGAGGGAAAUAAGCAAAGUUUAUCCAGACAUCAGCUUUAUAUUAUAAAGAAACAACCAGAAACAGUAUUAAAAUUUUCUAAAUUUGGAUAGACAAUAAGUUUAAAUUUAUAAAGGCUAAAGGCAGAGUAUUUGAUCAUUUUUUAACACCACAAAACACAUUAUUGCCCAAACUGAUAUCCACAUUUGCUAAUGUAUAAAUGUUCUAAACAGCAAAAUUUAGAGCACUUCAAAGCUGAUCCAAGCAAGGACACCUGGAAGGCUUAUGUGGAUUAUAUUGAUGAAAUGGUUGUGGAUGGUUUCUUCAACACCAUACGCUGCAGCUUACAGUUUAUGCUAAACAAUACAGGUAGGCUAUAAUAAUUAUAAGUUUUUAAAUAGAGUCUAUAUGCACCUACAAUUGUGGAGUUGCUUAGAAUUUUAUAAAAUAUUCCUUUCUUUCUGAGCAGAUUCAAAAUUAAAUCCUGGCCCCUUGUUUGAGGCAAAAUUAGAGCUACAAGUUCCAGAAAUGGUCUUCAUUCCAUCACUUGACUUUGGUGUUGCUGAUGGAUUUGAUGAUUUAGUUGAUGGUUUGGUUGGGGAUAUUUUUAAGCAAUCAUCUCUAAUUCCUCGUCUUGCAGAGCAUUCAGGUCAAGAACAUUACCAGGUUUGGUCCUCUGCUACUUUUUUAAAACUAUUAUUUUUUAUUAACUUUAACAGCUGUUGGUUAAGAUGUUGAAAUACAUUAAAGAUUCCAAAGUAAACACAUCAAUGAACAAUUAGAUUUUUAAAAUUAAACAGUAAGCUUAGUUUUUAUGAGCAUAGAAAUUAUAUUUUUCUAAUCAUAUAGUUUGUGACAUGAUUCCCAAUGAUUAAUGGAUUAGCUUAAGCUCUGCAAAAAUAAAUAUAUCUAUUUAAUAUUUAUCUGUCAUACCAGCCUGACCUUGAAGAAAUGGAAGAAUUAAGCGAAAUGAGACAAGAACUUAUGGACAGGGUACAUAAUGCUAUGAACAAAGCCUGUGAAUACAGAAACUCAUUUGACAAUUAUGCCUAUCUGUGGGUGGAUGACCGCAAUGAAUUCAUGCGUCAGUUCCUGCUAUACAAUCAUGUCCUCACAACAGAGGAAAUUGAAGCCCAUGCAGAUGAGGGUGUCCCUGAAAGUCCACCAACACUGUCCCAGUUUAAAGAACAGGUCCGUUAAAACGUGCUCAAAAUCUUGAUGGUUGAUCCUUUAAAUGUUAUAAAAAUAACUAAAAUAUAAAUUGUUUGACUGUGCAAAUGAUGAAAGCAAAAAUAAUCACAAAUGUUUUAGUCUGGUGGCUAUAAAUUUGGCGCAUUAUUGCUAAAAAAAAAUACCAGUUAAAUGUAAUUACAUUAUUAUAGGAUACACAUUUAUUGUUUGAUUCAAUAAAGAAAUCUUAUGUACCUUUUACCAAUUUUUAAAAAUACAUUAUAUUGACUUCGCUUUUGUGCGUGGGUUGGUGACUAGCUGACUGGCAAAGUUUGGACUGCUAAUUGAUCCACUUCCCAUGAACCUAUCAAGCUGAAACUUGGCACAUAGAUUUAUUGCCAAUGACAACACAUGUUGUCAAAUUUUCAGCCCCAAUCCUCAAAUAUCAGUUUUUCAGAUAAAAUAACAUUCCCCAAAACUGCGGUAAAUGAGAUUCUCUUUAAAAAAAAUAUCACAAAUGUGUUUGGUGCGUAAUAUAUUCUUUUGUUUUUAUGAAACUGUUGAUGAAAUAAAUCUGUAGUGUAAAAGCGGCUGGGUCAUUAGAAUAUUAAUAUAGUUGAGGUUAGUGAAAAAAAUGUGGUUGCAAGCCUUGAAGGGGUGGGGAUGAAAGCACUAACUGGGAUUCUUUAAAGUGCGUUACUUGUAUGCAUGUUUUGUCAAAUUUUCAGGCCCCCCCCCCCCCCCCCCCCCCCCCCCCCCCACACACACCCUAGCUCAAUAUUUUAUUUAUAAAGGAUUUAUACAUAACACGUUGUUUUCAGGGGUUGUUUAAUUGAAAUGUUACUCUUACUUAAUUUUCAAUUUUGGUUUUAGAUUGACACAUAUGAAAAAAUAUAUGAAGAUGCAGUCCGCAUAGAAGACUUGGAAUUUUUUGAGUUCUGGUUCCGUGUUGAUGCCAAACCUUUCAAACUGUCAUUAUUAAACAUCAUCAAGCGAUGGAGCUUCAUGUUUAAACAGCAUCUAAUUGAUCAUGUUACCAACAGGCAAGUGGAUUCUGUAACCGCAAAAACUAUAUUUACAUUACAUUUGUUUUAAAUUUCUACACCUUUGAAUAUUUAUUUUGCAUAAAAUUAUUUCCUUAUUAAAUUCAAAAUGGAUUUUUUAAAAACAAAACUUGAUAAAAUAAUCUGAUUGUCUUGGCUAAGGGCAUUAAUUAAUACUGGAAUAAUUGUAUAAUAUUUUUUUUAAGUUUGAAGAAUUUGGCCCAGUUCAUCAAGACCACAGAUGCUGGAUUACAAAAACCAGUCCCAGAAGGAGAUUAUGGUGGUUUGGUUGAGGUCAUGGGUCACCUGUUUGCUGUGAGAGAGAGGCAGCAGGCAACUGAUGAAAUGUUUGAGCCACUAAAACAAACUAUUGAACUUCUGAAAACAUAUGAUCAAGAGAUGCCCGAUGAAGUUCAUGUUCAACUUCAGGUAAUAAAAGAUGGUGUGCUUGAUCCUUGAAAUAUUGCUUGUUGUAUGUCAGCAUGUUUAUAUGAAAAUUUCCUUUAUGGGUUGUAAUCUAUAUAUAUAAUUCGCCAGCGAAGGUCAAACACCACCACCACGCAGGCUAUAUAUAGAUAAUGAGUUCACUAGCGCACAAAAUAUAAUUCCCGAUAACUACGCUAAAUCAUUUAUAUUUUUUUAAUAACGCAACUUCGUUUGGUGCGUAAUAUUUUUUGUUAAAUGAAAUCAUCUCAAUCUUAGUAUGGUGUAAAAAAAAAUUUAGUUUUCGACAUCAGAAUAUUUAAUAUAGUUCAUGGGGGUGAAAAAAAAAAGUUUGCAGUGACGUAUCAUUUUGGGGGGGGUUAUAGCAAAAUUUGGAAUUCAUAAACGUGCGAUACUUGAGUUCAUGUUUUGUCAAGUAACUUUAGUAGAUGGGAAGUUAACGCAUUGCCGUCGCCAAUGUUUGGCGGGCUAUAACUAGUUAAUAAUAAUUAAAUCAGACUUGAGUUUGGAAAACCCAAUAAUAAGUGACUUUGCACAUUAUUUAAUAUGAAGGGGAAAGGGGGUUGUUUAUCAUUGUGUUAUAUUGUGUUAUAUGGGGUGGGGGUUAGGGAAUAAUGUUAUAUAACAAUUCUUUUCAUUUGUUAUUAUUUAUUUAUUCUUAUUCUUAUUUUAUCAAAAUUUCUGCUUUUCAAAUUUACAAAAUUAGCCUAGAUUAUUAAAAACUGAAAUGUAUUAUUUACCUUCAAUGCUUAGAAAAUUUUUGUAAAAAGUACUUUCUGACUUUUUGCUUGAUAUAUGCUUGUUUUGAAUUGUUUCUGGGUGAGGGAGUUAGUUGCUAGAAAUGUUAAAAUAAUAUCGGGGAGGAUGAUCAUUUGGAAUGUUAUAUAAUGUUGUAAGGGUUAAGGUGGUGGGUCAAAAAUGUCAUAUUUUAGUGUUACAUAUCAUGUGCAUGACCCUCAAGUAUCACAAGCAACAAUUAAUAUAAUUGUUAUUUUCAUAUUUGUCUUGAAUUUAUUUUUAAAAUAAUCCUUUCUUUUAUUUUCUUGAAUCCUUGCUAUGUUGGAUUUUAAAUAUAAACUUUGCACUCGGUUUGUUUUGUAAUUUCAAUACUUAUUCCAAAUAAUGUUGUUUAGUAAUGAGUUUUUAAACAAAUUGACAAUAGAUUUUUCAUUGAUUGGGACACGUUAUUGACUGACUGUACCAUCUUUAAGUGAUCUGCUCUUGUGCUUGUACUUGUACAUUUAUUUUAGAACGAUUUUUCAAAAUUUUCCUUCAGGAACUUCCUGAACAGUGGAACAACACCAAGAAAAUAGCUAUCACAGUAAAGCAACAGGUUGCACCGCUGCAGGCUAAUGAAGUUACCAACAUUCGUAGAAAGACUGCUUCAUUUGAUAUUGGUCAAUUCAAGUUUAGGGAAAGGUUCAGGGUCAUUCCACCAUACAGAUAUGACUGUGAUAAACCAUAUGAGCAUCUGGAUAAGGUGAGUUUACACAAAUAAAUGCUCUAGUCAUAUUAAACAUAUUUAGUUUCUUCUCUGAAAGUUUUUUUAUUUAUAAGUUUAGCCGAGUGGUGAAGAAAGCUGACAGUUUGAGAGAUGUGAGGGCUAACAUAAAGUUUUAGAAAUCACUAUUGUACUGUUGACCAUGUAUUGUGUCUAUGUAAGAUGCACUCAUAGCAGGGCAGUUACUACAAUCAGUUUGAUACACAUUGUAGCAAUCAAUCGCUAUGUCUUUUUAAGACAAACGUGAAUUGCAGAAUGUUUAAUUAUUUAAUACAGCUGGUAAUAUUAUCCUAACACAUGCACCAUUUCUAAUGUGAGAAUUUAGCACAGGACAGGACAGUUAGCCUGCUACACAUAUUUGAAUUAUAUUUGCUGGUUGGAUACUGUUGUAUUAAAAGCUUAUAAUCUCAUUGCAGUAUGUGUAACCAAAACUAUAUAAUGGUUGGUGUUAUGCUCAUGAACACACUGGUAUCUAAUUCCAUUUAAGAAUUUAUUGGCCGACUGUAACUUUAACCAUCACAAUAUCAUUGUUACACGUUAAAUUGACAGAGCUAACAAGUGAUAAAAACACUGCCUAAUAUUAGUAAUGAUGAGAAAUGUUCCAUUUCUAACAUCUAAAAAUUACAUUUUACAAACACGAAAAUAUAAAGGCAAAUUUGCUCUUAUUUACAAAGCGUCCAAAUGGGCCGGUAAACAAUGGCGCAAUUUAGGGACAUAAUUCAAACUUUGAUUUAAAAACUCAUUAGCACAUGCACUAUAAAUAGAGUUGUGCAAACAGACGAGAGAGCAUUUACGCCACAUAUCGAAAGGAUGGCCUAUUACUUCUGGCAGGUAUCCUGUGGUAUAUUGACAGUCCCUUGAGACUCCAACCAGAAUAAAAGUCAAAAUCCCUCACUAAAACCUUGAAGACUUAAAUGUGUCUGUUCAUGUUUUGUCUCAGCUACCUAAGAUACACUUUUAUAUUUAUAAAAUUUAAAUGGUCUUUGAGAUAUUUUAAAUAGAAGGGGUUGGGAGCCCAAUGGAUGAAUGUAAAAACUCCCUUAAUUACUUAAUAUCACAAUAUCCUCCAAAGAUGUAGACUUGCAAUUAUCAUCAUGUAUAGAAAAUAAAAUCCCCUUUCCAACAAGAUAUAAUUUAUAGCAUAAUGCAGUAGGGUUACAGAGAAAUAACUUAUGGAACUUAUACCAAAAGCACACAUUGUGGUUUCCUAUAUGGUAUUUUAGUAGUCGCAGUGGUGGAGGAGACAAUGUUGUUUUAACCUAACCCAAGAUGACAUUCCACAACAGUGUAGGUAGUUGAAGUGAACGCUCUGUUUUUGUGAAAGCGUGGCCUACAAUGGCACAUAAGUGUAUGAGCAAUUGUGAAUUUACCUCCAUGAUAAUUGAUUCAAAAAGCUCAUUUAAUUAAUUUGUCAUGUUGAAAACAUUAUACUUUCUUUUUUGCUAUUUUCUAGUCCUACAAAAUUGACUUUGUUUGCUACAAUCUCUAAUUCAAUUUUUAUGCUAUGUAUGUUAUAACUGAAGUGUAUCCUUUCAUAAGAGCUACAUAUUUAAUUCACAGAACCAUGAAGAAAUUAGGGCGAUGGAACAGGAGAUGGCCAGUCUCAUGGAGUCAGCAGGUUUGUUUGAAGUCAGCAUUCCUGACUUCAAACAGCUCAAACAAUGCCGUAAGGAGAUCAAACUGCUGAAGACUUUAUGGGACUACAUCAUCAUUGUGCGCAGCAGUGUUGAUGACUGGAAGACCACACCAUGGAAAGAAAUCAAUGUUGAACAGAUGGACUUAGACUGCAAGAAAUUUGCCAAAGACACCCGGACACUUGACAAGGAGAUGAGAGCAUGGGAUGCAUAUACUGGACUUGAAAAUGUUGUUAAGAACAUGUUGACAUCUUUAAGAGCUGUCAGUGAGCUGCAGAACCCAGCUAUCAGAGACAGGCAUUGGCAACAACUUAUGUCUGCAACUAAAGUAAGAUGAUAAAACAAAUGUGUUAAAUCAUAUAUGUAAAUGGAGGAAAUAUGUGAUUGACCAAAAGUCAGCGACACAGUUUAUUAACUUGUGUAAUUAACAAUUUUUGGUAGAAUGUUAUAAUGCCCCAGUUUUACAAUCAACAAAUUUGACCCAUAUAAUUUAUUGUGUAUUUUUUUUUAAAAUUGUCUUUCAUAUUCUGUAGGUCAAGUUUGUUAUGGAUGAAAACACAACCCUUGCUGACCUCUUGAACCUUAAUCUCCAUAACUAUGAAGACGAGGUCAGGAAUAUUGUGGACAAGGCUGUGAAAGAGAUGAGUAUGGAGAAAGUCCUUAAGGAGCUGGACAGUACAUGGUCAACCAUGGAGUUUGAGCAUGAGAAGCACCCACGCACUAGCAUCACCAUGUUGAAGACAUCAGAGGAGCUUAUUGAAACACUUGAGGACAACCAAGUACAGCUGCAGAACAUGAUGACAUCCAAAUACAUUGCCCACUUCCUUCAGGAGGUCUCCAUGUGGCAAAAAAAAUUGUCCACUGCUGACCAGGUCAUUUCCAUCUACAUGGAGGUGCAGAGGACCUGGUCACAUCUGGAGUCCAUUUUCAUUGGUUCAGAGGACAUCAGAAAACAGCUACCUGAGGAUUCUAACAGAUUUGAUAGCAUUGACACAGACUUUAAGGCAAGACUUUCUAUAGAGCUGCCUAACCUCAUAAAUAUCUUGUUUACUAAAAUAUUCACUUUAAUAAUAAUUAACAGUUCUCAAUCAUCUUUCAAUGCAUUACAGAUUUAACAGUUUUUAAACAGUUUUUAUUUGUUAUAGGAUUUUGAUAUGAAGUAGAAUAAAAAGUUAGUUUUCUCAUUUUAUUCAUCAUAGAUUUAAGUCUCAUUAAAAUUAUCUGUACAAUAACAAUUUGAUUGAGUAAUUUACAUCCAUAGGAGUUGGUUAACAAAGUUGAAAAAACCAAGAAUGUUGUAGACUCAACCAACCAGCCAAAUCUCUAUGAGAAAUUGGAAUCACUUCAAGGCCAACUGGCACUUUGUGAGAAAGCUCUGGCAGAGUACCUUGAAACCAAACGUCUGGCAUUCCCCAGAUUUUACUUUGUCUCAUCUGCUGAUCUUCUUGAUAUCUUGUCCAAUGGAAAUGAUCCAGUUACAGUAAGUUACUGUUUUACUAUUAUUCUUUUUUACUUUUGAAACUUUAACAUAUUUUUUUUAUGUGCGAGUUAAUUACUUUUGUUUAUCUUUAAACCAGAAUAUAUUUUUACUUUGUUUUAAUUAAAAUAUGAUAUUAUACAAACAAUAACUUUUGUUUUGUGCAGGUCGCAAGACACUUAACUAAACUAUUUGACUCCUUGGCAAAACUGAAGUUUGAGUUAGAUAGUGAAAACAAACCAAUCAAAAAUGCCCUUGGCAUGUUCAGCAAGGAUAGCGAGUAUGUAGACCUGAACAAUCCCUGUGACUUAAAUGGACAGGUGGAGACCUGGUUAAACCGCCUUUUGGAAGCCAUGAAGGCAACUGUUCGACAUGAAAUGACUGAAGCUGUAGCUGGAUAUGAAGAGAAGCCCAGAGAUCAAUGGCUUUUUGAUUACCCAGCCCAAGUUAGUCUUUAUUAAUUCCUUAAUUUAUUUUUUUUAAAAUAAUAAUGAUGAACAAUUUCUAGUAUUUAUAUAUUUCCAAUGGCAGUAGGAUAAGACAGAUGAAAAAUACUUGCAAGGAAUUACAUGUUUUGAUAAUUAAAUCCAAAUUUAUGGGUGUUCUGGCAUGUGUGUUAACCUAAUUUUAUUCUCAACGUAGUGUCCACUCUUUCUCUUCCCCCCCCUUUUUUGUUUUUAUGUUGACAUCACCAAUUAAAUGUACCACACCCUCCCCUCCCUUGCAUGGGAAAAGGUUGUUUACAUUCUAAUUUGUGCUAAAGAAUCUCCCUCCCUAUAAUUAGCACACAGCUUUCCCAGCUGGUAGAGAUUUUUGCUACAUUUCCUCAACAUAUUACGAGAUGCAAUAAACUUAUAGUAGCCUUAAAAGACUGUACUCCUUGUGUGGGUGUAUAUUAAUAUUUGUAUCUUUCAAAAAUUAUAUUUUUUUACUGGCUGUGCUGUAAAUUAAUUUAGUUUUUAUUUCUGUUUUUUUUAAAUUUGCAAUUUUAUAUAAACUUAAAAGUAUAAUUAUAUUGAAUAUUAUUAAUAUCACUAGCUUUGGUAUCGUUUUUCUUAGUAUGAUGGUUUUCAGUCCUUUGUUACGUAUUGCUCAUUUAACAAGCCAAAGCUAAGACAGAUUAAAUAUUCAAAAACCAUUUAAUGGUACAUAACAAUGGGAGACCAUUUUUUAUAGUUGUGAUUAACAUAAAAUCUAGAUAAACUUAUUUAUGGCAUUUAGCUUUUUACAAAAAUUAAUUUGUAUCCAUAGUUAAAAUUAUCAGUGUAUGUAUGAACUUCCAUAAUGCUAAUUUUGUCAACUUUUGACAAAACUAGGUUGCACUAUGUGGAACACAGAUAUGGUGGACCACUGAGGUCAACAUAGCAUUUGGUAGACUGGAGGAAGGCUAUGAGAAUGCUCUGAAGGAUUACAACAAGAAGCAGAUAGCACAGCUGAAUGCUCUAAUCACUAUGCUGCUAGGCGACCUUUCCAGUGGAGACCGCCAGAAAAUCAUGACCAUUUGUACAAUUGAUGUACAUGCUCGAGAUGUUGUUGGAAAGAUGAUUACUCAGAAGGUGAGCGGCAAGUCUUCUUUGAAUCAAGCAAUUAAUUAAAAUAUAAUCAUUGAAAGUACAGACUUGACUGUUUUGCCAAUAAGUUGUGCUGCUUGCUCUCUCUCUCUUUUUAUUUUUUAACAAAGUAAAGCUGUUUUUUUGUGUGGCUAUGUUUUGGAAAUGUCCAGAUGUGGCAUAUGCGGUAGCACUGGCUAUGGUUAGACCUAAAAUUGCUAUUGUUAGAAGGCUGAAUUAUAAUUCCAAUGCAAAAUUAGAUUUAUUAAUUUUAAAUCAAAUUAAAUGUAUUAAACUAAAAUGACAAUUAACUUUGCUUGUUCCUUUUACACAACAGGUUGACAGCUCUCAAGCUUUCUUAUGGCUGUCACAGCUCAGACAUCGUUGGGAUGACAAUGAAAGAGAUUGUUUUGCCAACAUCUGUGAUGCACAGUUUCGCUACUCACAUGAAUACCUUGGCAACACCCCUCGUCUUGUCAUCACACCUCUCACAGACAGGUCAGAUCUUUUGAAAAGCUGUUUGAAAAACAUUUAAAAUUCUUUUACAUUACCAUUCUGGAAAAAAAAAAACACUUGGGUCUUGAUAUUUAUUCAUCUGUAGAGACAUAUUGUGAAAAAUUGAUAUUUGAUAGCAUAACAGCAACUUUAUAUUUAUACCAAAUGUGAAAAUAAUUUAUUUUGUAGAUGUUACAUCACCCUGACCCAGUCACUUCAUCUCAUUAUGUCUGGAGCCCCAGCAGGACCUGCAGGUACUGGAAAAACAGAAACCACCAAAGAUUUGGGCCGUGCCCUUGGCAUUAUGGUCUAUGUGUUUAACUGUUCUGAGCAGAUGGACUACAAGGUAAAAUUAACCUAUAUGUAAUAAGAUAUCCUUUGGAUAGAUUUUCUGAUUCAGUCAUUCUAUACAAAAAUAACUUACGACAGUUUCAGAUGUGUGAUUUAAUUUUUAUUUGUGAUUUAAAAGUUGAUAUUUAAAAAAGCAUUGAAAUAUAAGUUGCCAUUUGGUAACUGAGUUUCUUUCAUUUCUUGAAUAAUAAAGUAUCAAAAGAUAAACAUGAUGAAAUAAAAUCCUGAUAUUAUAAAUGUAGAAAAUCUCAUGAGCACAAUUUACUUAAAUAUCUUUUCCCUCUCCAGUCUAUUGGUAACAUCUACAAAGGUCUGGCACAAUCAGGUUCCUGGGGAUGUUUUGAUGAAUUCAAUCGCAUUGCUGUUGAAGUGUUGUCUGUUGUUGCUGUACAGGUAUUAUCACUUUAUAUUUUAGUCUGCAUUAUAACACAUUUUUGUAAAAAGACAUAGUAAAUCAUGUUUUCAAGUAUUACUAUUCAUUGUGGCAAAGUCAACGUUGAUCAAUACAUACAUGAACAGGUGAAAACCAUUCAAGAUGCCAUCAAGGACAAGAAAAAAAGAUUCAAUUUCCUUGGAGAAGAGAUUUCGCUGAUUCCGUCAGUGGGAAUCUUCAUCACAAUGAAUCCUGGCUAUGCUGGUCGUACAGAGUUGCCAGAAAAUCUCAAAGCUCUUUUUAGGUUGGUAUUUAACAAAAAUUGAUUUGCUAGGUAUAGACAUCAUUUAAUUUUGAAUUGUUUGCAUCUAUAUUCGAAAUAAAAUUAUUUAGAUGGGAUAUCAUGUUGAGAAGUUUUCAUAUCUUUAAGUAUAUGAUUUAGGCAGUUAGUUUUUUUCUAUUAAAGUUUUUUUUUUUUUUUUUUGAAAAAAGCCAUUUAACUUUUCAUGUUAAUUUUUAGACCCUGCGCAAUGGUGGUCCCUGACUUUGAGUUUUCAUAUCUUUAAGUAUAUGAUUUUGGCAGUUAGUUUUUUUCUAUUAAAGUUUUUUUUUUUUUUUUUGAAAACAGCCAUAUAACUUUUCAUGUUAAUUUUUAGACCCUGCGCAAUGGUGGUCCCUGACUUUGAGUUGAUCUGUGAGAUCAUGUUGGUGGCUGAGGGUUUCAUUGAUGCCCGUCUCCUAGCCAGGAAAUUUAUCACCCUCUAUAGUCUCUGUAAGGAGCUGCUCUCAAAACAGGUGUGUAAAAUUCUUUGUAGAAGAGUUAUUGCCAUACACUGUUGUCAUAUUCAGUUUUAUACAGUUUAAUUACAACAUGAGCUAUAUAAAAAUGUUUAAUAUUCACUAUGGCCUUCUGCUUUAAAACACAAACCAGUAAGGUCUAUAAUUCUGGUUAUUGUAUGGAAUAAAAUGGACAAAUCAGAACUGAAUCUAUGAUUUUCUUAUUUAAAAAUAUUGUUGUCAUUAUUUUAUUAAUUCCUCAAGUUGUUAUUUUUUUUUAUCCUUAGGACCACUAUGAUUGGGGUCUCCGUGCAAUCAAAUCUGUGCUUGUGGUUGCUGGUGCACUCAAGAGAAGUGACCGUGGCCGUCCAGAAGAUCAGGUUAAACUUAAUUAAAUUAAAGUUUUUUUCUUCACAUAAUACUUUGUACAGAGUCUUUUCAUUUUAAUUGACUCUGUCUCUUCUAACCAUACAGCUAACAUAAAGUUACUUUUUAUUUGUUUAUUUACUUAUUAUUAUUAAUAUUACUAUUAUGGUUAUGCACAUUAACAGCCAAUUCUAUCAAAGAUGAACAGCCUGAAUUGUAACUAUAUCUUUAUUACUUAAAUGGUAUGUCAUUUAAGGUGUUGAUGAGAGCCUUACGAGACUUCAACAUUCCCAAGAUAGUCAUGGAUGACAUGCCAGUCUUUAUGGGUCUCAUUGGUGACCUUUUCCCUGCCCUUGAUGUGCCUAGGAAGAGAAACUUAGAAUUUGAGAAACAAAUUCGCCAGGCAACCAUUGACCAGAAACUGCAACCAGAGGAAAACUUCAUCCUCAAGGUAUUUUACAGAUUAAAUUAUUUAAAUUCUUAUGAAAAAAAGUUGUGAAUUGUAAUUUUUGUCAAAUGACAUUUUUUAAAUUAAAGGAAGAAAGUGUAUUUCAGGUUGAAGGUGGAAUUUCAGACAAUUAUUUUUAAAUUCCUUACACUGAAAGGCCAAGCCAUGACUCAUUUAAUGUUGAACUAUCUUCUGCUUGUUACAAUUGAUCAUUCACCCAUUACCUGGUAGUAUCCCUCAUAAUCAUGAAGCGCUGACUUACAUUCAACCAACAGGCAGUGCAACUGGAAGAACUGUUUGAGGUGCGACAUUCUGUGUUUAUGCUUGGAAAUGCUGGGACAGGAAAGAGCAAGGUUUGGAACACUCUGCAGCGGACAUACAAAAACAUGAACAGAAAACCUAUUGCAAUUGACCUUGACCCAAAGGCAGUGACAAAUGAUGAGCUAUUUGGUGUUAUCAACCCAGCCACAAGAGAAUGGAAAGAUGGUUAGAAUUUUUGCUUAAAGAAUGUUUAAUUUAAUUCCUUCUGUAAUAUUUUAACACAAUCAAAACUUGAUUUUAUAUAUUUUUAUGAGACUAUUUUCUAUAUUCUUUUUUUUUCCUUGACCCUAAGAAAUUUAAAAUAAUAAAUUUAGCUUAACUAUGCUAUAUUAUAAAGCGUUUUAUUUAUUGUUUUUACAUGUAUAUUAGGGUGUGAAAAUGAGUUUAAAAAAUAACUCUUAUUCUGUUUACUGACAAAAUUUAACCCUAUAUUAAGAAGAUAGAAGAAAUUAUAGAAAAAUAGUUUUUUUAUUAAUUGUAAAAAUAUAAUUCCUAUAUUAUUUAAAGAUUUUAAUUUACAGAGGUAAAACUUUUAAUGUUUAAAUAUCUGUCUCAGUCUGAUAUAUUUAUCUUUGUCCCUUACAGGACUCUUCUCAGUGAUAAUGAGAGAUCUAGCCAACAUGUCAGGAGAUGGCCCUAAGUGGAUUGUCCUGGAUGGUGACAUUGAUCCAAUGUGGAUUGAGUCACUCAACACUGUGAUGGAUGACAAUAAGGUUUGUCAUAAUGCAUAGCCUAUAUUUGACAUGUCAUAAUAUAUAGCCUAUAUUUGUUAUGUCAUAAUACAUAGCCUAUAUUUGUUAUGUCAUAAUAUAUAGCCUAUAUUUGUUAUGUCAUAAUACAUAGCCUAUAUUUGUUAUGUCAUAAUACAUAGCCUAUAUUUGUUAUGUCAUAAUAUAUAGCCUAUAUUUGUUAUGUCAUAAUACAUAGCCUAUAAUUAGAUGCUCAAAUCCCCAAACUGAUUUUUUUAGCUUAACAUGUGGAUUUAAACUUAUGACCAAAGUUGGAGGUAGAGAAUAUUCAUUCCAAAUAAAACUUAAUGAAACAUCCUCAUAUGCACACAACACUAAGUUUUAUAAGAUCACAUGUGUGAUAUCUAACAAAGGAAGGACAUGAAGGCCUAUUGGAAAUAAUGGAAACACUUUUUUUUUUUAAACACGCAAAUUAUUUUUCCGAUAAAAAUACUAAUAGUUUAAAGUUGAGAGAACAAAGAGAACUGCUCUAAACCAUUGACACUUUUAACCAUUGACACCCUAAAUCAUUGACACCCUAAAUCAUUUACACCCAAAAUCAUUGACACCCUAAAUCACUGACACUCUAAACCAUUGACACACUAAACCUUUGACACCCUAAAUCAUUGACACUCUAAACCAUUGACACUCUAAACCAUUGACACUCUAAACCAUUGAUACCCUAAGCCAGUAGUCAGUAAAUGUUUAGUCUAAAGAGCCAAAAAUCAGCAGCAGGACGAAUAAAAAAUUUUUGAGAGCCAAAUUUCUUUUCAAGGACAUGUCAAGAAUCAUGUUUUUUGGAAUCAAAACCACUUUGUGGCCGACUGGCCGAGCCAGACUCAGGUCGCUAAAGAGCAUCAUGCAGCUUGAUAUUCCGACCACUGCCCUAAACCAUUAACACUAUAAACCAUUUACACUCUAAGCCAUUGACAUGCAAAACCAUUAACACCUUAAACCAUUUGCAUUCUAAAACACUGACACUCUUUAAUUGAUCCAGCAGAAUUGACUCCUUUAAACUCAUUUAUGCUAGUCUUUCGUUUUAAAAUAAAAAAAAAGUUGUCAAUUUAUUUAACUUGAAAUAAUACCUAAAAUUUCUUUGUAAGAUGCUAGCAUGCGGCAGUAAUGAACAUAUGUUAAAUUUCUUUGUAAGGUGCUAACAUUGGCCAGUAAUGAACGUAUCCCACUGACUCCAUCCAUGAGACUACUCUUUGAGAUUAGCCAUCUGAGAACUGCCACACCUGCUACUGUGUCCAGAGCUGGUAUCUUGUAUGUCAAUCCACAGGACCUUGGCUGGAAUCCGUAAGCCCACUCAUAUCUUUUGUUUUAUUAGAGCUAAACAGCAGAUUUAGAUUGCAUUUCUAAAUAAUUUGGAAAACAGGAAAAUGUGUAUUUAAUAAUAACUAAAUAAACGUUAUUGUUGGGGGGGGGGGGGCUGUGUUCAAGCCAUGUGAAGUAAAUAAAUUGUUCAACAAGAUAAGUUAUGAUUUGAAAAAAAAAGACAGGACACUGAAACUUUACUUUUUGCUUUAAAAACAUUAGGACCUUAAAAAUGUAUGUGUAAAACUUCCAUUCUCUUUGUAGGUAUGUCCAGAGCUGGAUUGACACCCGAGAAGUCCAGUCAGAGCGUGCUAACCUGACCAUCCUAUUUGACAAAUAUGUACCUGUGUGCCUAGAGCAGCUGAGAACCAGAUUCAAGAAGAUCACACCAAUUGCUGAGAUUGCUCAUGUUCAGAUGCUCUGCUACCUACUAGAAGUUUCCCUGACACCAGAAAACACCCCCCCAGACUGCCCCAAGGAACUAUAUGAGCUUUACUUUGUGUUUGCUUGUGUCUGGGCUUUUGGUGGAGCCAUGUUCCAGGAUCAGGUCAAUAAUUUAAAUGAUUAUAAUCACCUUAUCUCUGUAAAAGUGUUACAAAAACUGAAGAACAUGUAACCAAAAUGUGACGCUCUGUAACUAAACUUUAUUUAUAUAAGGGGAUUUUAUUCCCCCCCCCUCAUAAACAAUUAUUAAUACAUUAAAAUGAAUACCUACAUAGAUGUAGCAUUUUUAAGGUACUUGUAUAAUCCUACACUAAAAAGAACAACAGAAAAAGGAGCUCUAAUUGAUAAGUUUUGUUUUCUUUUUUUUAUAGCUUGUGGAUCACAGAGUGGAAUUCACCAAGUGGUGGGUAACAGAUUUUAAGACAAUCAAAUUCCCAUCAGCUGGCACUGUGUUUGAUUACUAUAUUGACCCAGAGACCAAAAAGUUUGAGCCAUGGACAAAGAAAGUCCCAAAAUUUGAGUAUGACCCAGAGAUCCCAUUGCAGGUACGCAACUUAUUUAAUUAUAUUAAAUAGCCUUCAAAUAGUUUUUGGGAUGGUGGGGGUUUGUUUGACAUAUUUAUUGAUUUCUUUAAUUGUUUAAAUAGCUUUAAAAGUAUGUACCAUUUUGAAUUCGUUAAAAUAAACACUUGACUAAUUCUUGUUUAAAAUUUCUUCAGGCCACCCUGGUCCAUACUUCCGAGUCUAUUCGUGUCAAGUACUUCCUGGAUCUGUUGGUUGAGACUCGUCGCCCAGUCAUGUUGGUAGGCAAUGCUGGAACAGGCAAAACUGUCCUCAUGCAAGACAAACUCAACAACUUGAGUGAGGACUUCAUGGUUACUAAUGUCCCCUUCAACUUCUACACAACCAGUGAAAUGCUCCAGGUAAGAGAUGAUACGUUCUUUGUUAGGAUUUAAUGUUUGGUAAAGAUUUCAGAAAAUUGCAACUGACCAGAUUAACCCUUGAUCUGUAGUAUAGAAUCAUGCUGUAGUGUGGGAGCUUUUGAGAGCUUUUUGAGUGACUUUGAAAUAGCAUUAAAUGACUUUAGAAAUAUUGAUACAAGACCCCAAUAAGUAAAUAUUUUUAGAAAGGAAAAUGGAUGGGGAUAAAGUUGGCUAUUUUGCCCACCACGUAAAAAAAAAUUGUUCAGUGGCCUUGACCUUGGAGUGCUCAAGAAAAAAAAAAUCGACAAAAUGUCUUGCUUUCAAGUGCUCAUAACAUCAUUAAUUUUUAUAGAUUCCAUUCAAAUACCUAUAAAAUAUGGUAGCCAAAUCAUUUAUCUCUCAGAAAAUGUAUAGUUGCUAAGGUUUCUAAUACAAAUAAGCCUCUGAAAGCAAUUUUAGUAAUUUUAGGUCAACAAUUUUUAUUACUGAAAAAAAUAACAAAUUGCGACCAGAGCUAAAACAAAGUACAACAUACAAAAUCUCAGGUAAAAAAGUUUUUAUUGAUAAGUAAAAAAUUUUUUUGCUGAUCUGAUUUGGGUUGUCUAACUAUAAAAUUUAUUAGUUCUGAUCUAUAAUCUGUAGCUUCUGUGACUAAAAUCCAGUUAUUAGCAUCUGCUUGUGCACCUUGUCCAACCAAUGCAUCUAGUUCGAAGUCUAACAGUACUGUAGGCCUACUUCAGAAUCACUAGGACUAGUAUCAGAUUCACCAGAAGAAGAAUCCGAACUAAGAUUGUCAUGGGGAAUGUUAAAAUUAUCAUCAGUAUCACUUAAAUCCUCUCCUAAAACGCUUUCAAAAAUAUUUCUAUUAGCUCUUGUACUUUUACCUGAAGGCCCAGCUAUAGCUUCAUCCAUUUUAGGUAUAAAAAAAAAAGGGACAAAGAACUGUGUAAUAAUACUCUGAUUAAAAAGCACUUAUUAUUACGUUAUCAAUAAACAGCUUGACCCGGAAGAUGAUUUAAUUAUUAAUAAAAAGAAGUGGCUAUAAUUCUGGGAAAAUAUUGAAUUGGAAGUUGCUAUCUAACCGUGUUUUUUUAUCUGUCAAUUUUUUCGGCCAACCACAGUGGGUUAAAAAAAGCAUUUAUUUACUAGUAGCUUUGAAAACUUUUAAUUUUAUCCUUACUCUAUGAUAACCAUGCUCUCAAUUAAUAGUAAAGUUAUGAAAUAUUAAGCUCAUGCUUAUUCCUGCUAAAGUUGCAGUGACAGAAUAUGCUUAACUUUGUUUUGGUUUUUUUAAAUCACAGAGAAUUCUUGAGAAACCAUUGGAGAAAAAAGCUGGCAGAAACUUUGGCCCACCUGGUGCUAGACGUUUGAUCUACUUUGUAGAUGACAUGAAUAUGCCUGAGGUAGAAUAAUUUUUAUUUUAAGUCAUGUUAAUAAGCACUGAAAAAUAAAUGCAUGAAUUAUUCUUAAUUUUAAUAUUCUCAGAAAAUAUUAUUUUUCUUUUACGGUUCAUAACUGAAAAGUAAUAUUCCUCUAUCCAGGUUGACAAAUACUACACAGUGCAGCCACACACUCUGAUAAGACAACACAUUGAUCAUGGUCAUUGGUACGACAGGUCCAAGCUGACUCUCAAAGACAUUCAUAACACCCAGUAUGUCUCCUGUAUGAACCCCACAGCUGGUAGCUUUACCAUUGACUCCCGUCUACAGGUGAAUUAUUAAAAAUGGAAGAUUCAAAUAUUUUUUUCUUGCAGUUUAUCUUACAAGCAUCUAUUAAGUCUGAUACUAUUUAAUCAAAUCUUUUUUUUUCCACACAUGUACCUACAAUAUACACAGUAGUUUUGCCUGACUUAAUAAAUGUUAUCUUGUUGUCAUGGUAAAAUUUUUAUAUAAAAUUAUGCUUGUGUUUUAUUUAUUGUAAUUUACCCUUAAUGCCAGGUAGUUUGCAAGUAGAGUUGUUUUUAAUAAUAUGAUUUACACCAUAUCUUCUGUAUCCUAUAAUUUAAAAUCUCCCUUCCUAUUCUAAACUUUCCAUGAAUAGAUAAAGGUUGGUGUUGAAUCAGAAAAAUAGGAGUGUAUCAGGAUCCCAAAAUAACCAAACUAAAAAUUUGCAUGGGGUUGGUGGAUAAUGAGAGAAUUGAAACCUGAAUAUGACUCAAUUAUUUUGAUGAAUCAAAGAAUAUUGAGAUGGGAAAAACAUAUAGGCCAUAAAAUGUUAAAAACCUAGAUUAAAAAUUGUUGACAAAUUAAAGGACAUUAAAAUGGGAAAGGAAUAUUGGCCACAAAAUGUUAGAAACCUUGGUUUAAAAAAAUGACUUUAAUGUUGUGGCUAGGUAAAUUUUAAAUUAACUAAUACUGUUAGAUUGCUGAUUUUUUAAUGAUAUUUUCUCCAUAUUAGCGACACUUCUGUGUGUUUGCCAUGAGUUUCCCAAGCCAGGAUGCCCUGUUCACCAUUUACACCAGCAUUUUGUCUCAACACUUGGCCCUGUGCAAUUUCCUGGGUCCUGUUCAGAAAUAUACCACAAACUUGGUCAAUGGAGCUCUCAGCAUGCAGGCCAAGAUCACCACAACCUUCCUUCCCACUGCCAUCAAGUUCCACUAUGUGUUCAACCUCAGAGACAUGUCCAAUAUUUUCCAGGUAAGCCAUAGUUUUGCUAACAUUGAUUUAAAGUUGCUUUGUAUCUAUAAUAUCAAGAGCUGACACAAUUUGUGAUGUAUGAGAUAACAUUAUUAAAGAAUCCUGGGGGUGGUUAGAUACAUGACCUUCAGGACCCUCAACAAGUAAUCCAAAUUUUCAAAAAGAAAUGAAUAUUUCUUGACAAGUGAUUUUUAUGUGUUUUUGCCAAUAUUUUUUUCACAUGUUCUUUUAAUGGAUAUUUUAAAUACUUAUUCUAUUUUAAGUUUAACUGUUAACUGUAUAGUAUGUAAUUUUUUCAUAAACAUACGUCUGCUUGCAAUAUUGUUUUUGUGUAAAUGUAUUCAUAAAAGGAGGUUCUCUCUAUGUGUGUUAAAUGUAUUCCAUCUAUAGGGAUUACUGUUUUCUCAAAAUGAAUGCUGCAAAGUUCCUUCUGACCUGGUUCGCUUGUGGCUUCAUGAGGCUGAUCGUGUGUACAAGGACAAACUUAUUGAUGAAAAGGAUCUGGAGACUUUUGACAAGCUGAAGAGGGACAUCGUCAAGAAAUCUUUUGAAGUAAACAUUACAUUUCUUAUCUUACGUAAAAGUUAUUUCUAUAAAUCCUCAUUAAAUAAAAAAAACAUAUGAAUAGGAAUAGUUUCCUUCACUCAAAUGAAAUUAAAAUGUUGCGUUAUUUUAAAAUAAUUUGUGGCUUUUAGAAAUACCCUUUUUAGUAAAUGUGUAGAAAAUAGUUUUCAAGUGACUAAUGAGCUUGGUAUAACCAUUUCUUCAUCAAUUUCUAAGAUAAUAAUGAGGUUGUGAAACAUCCAAAAUUCACAUUCCCUUGCCUGGCCCUUAUUGAAUUACGCUAUCAAUCCAUUUAAUUUUUGUGUGAUGCAGGACUUGCCAGAGGAUGUGGUCUUUAAGCAGCCACUGAUUUACUGUCACUUUGCCAGUGGUAUUGGCGAGCCCAAAUACCUGCCUGUGGAAACCUGGCAGGGUGUCAACAAAGUUCUUGUUGAGGCUCUAGACAACUACAAUGAAUUAAAUGCUGCCAUGAACCUGGUGCUUUUUGAGGAUGCCAUGUCACACAUCUGUCGCAUCAACCGCAUUUUGGAGUCACCCCGUGGCAAUGCUCUUCUCAUUGGUGUAGGUGGCAGUGGCAAACAGUCCCUAUCAAGACUGGCAGCCUCCAUCAGUGGACUUGAAGUUUUCCAGGUGAUUUUUUAAUGGAUUUUAUCUUCUAGAGCAAAAUAAUUUUUUUUUAAUGAGUUUGAAAUUUAAUUGAUUUAUUAGAAAUAAAUUUAAUUCCAUUAAAGAAAACUUUGUCAACAAUACUUGCAAAAUAUUUUUUCUAAAAAUGAUAAUCUAUAAUUAAUGUCAGAUCACACUGAGGAAAGGCUAUGCCAUUGCAGAUCUGAAACUUGAUCUGGCUGGACUCUAUCGCAAAGCAGGUGUUAAAGGUAAGCUCAAAGUUAAUUAAUCAUCAUUAUUAUAAGUACUACAUUGAGACACACUAUUAUAUUACAUUUAUUCACAAAGCUCUAUUGAGUAAUUUUAAUUAAAGUUGAUCAAAACAAUAAAUAGUAGAACAUCAAAGAACAAAGAAUAAUGUUGGCCUUGUUGCCACUGGUACAAUGACUGCCUCUCAACCAAGUGUAACUGUAAUGUGAAUUCUUACAGGUUUGGCCCUAGGGAAAUGUAAAUAGUACAUUUGAGGGAGUCAUUAGAUGCCUAUGCAACAUUGGCUGUAGUCUUAGUCAAGUUACAGCUGCCAGAAUAAAUCAGAAAUGAAAAAUAAAUGAUUGAAAAAUACAAAAUAGCUUCAUGCACUGUCCAGAGUAAUUGCAAGUCUUUAAAAUAAAAAAAACUUUUCUCUUCUGUCUUUCAGGUGUUGGGAUCAUGUUCUUGAUGACUGAUGCUCAAGUAUCUGAGGAGAGAUUCUUAGUGUUAAUCAAUGACCUGCUGGCAUCAGGUGAGAUCCCUGAUCUGUUUGCUGAUGAUGAGGUGGAAGAAAUUAUUUCUGGUGUGAGGAAUGAGGUCAAAGGUCUUGGUAUGGAGGAUACAAGAGAAAACUGCUGGAGGUUUUUCAUUGAACGUGUCAGACGUGUGCUGAAGGUGUGUAAUUAUUAAGUAAUCAUAUAUUAUGUUUCAUGAUUUUAAAUGUAUAAUAAUUCAAAUCUAAAUUUAUGUGAUUUAAGCCUCUUACUUAUUCUAUUAUAAAUUUUAUAUCACUAAUCAUGUUUGUCAAUUAAUCAUUAAUUAAUAGUGUCAAUAUAAUUUUGAGAACAAAGGGAAAAAAAUAUUUAAAUUUUUCAUUUUAAAAUCGUAUAAAAUUAAACAUAAUGUAUGAACUUUCACUUCAAAGUUUUUAAAAAAAAGUUAGGUCUGUCUGCUUUCUGAUGUGCCAUCAACUAUGUGAGAAUAUUAAAUAUUGUUUCUGGUUAUACACAUGCUAUUUAAAUAAGCUGAAGUGCCAUGAAAAGUAUGUUAUAUUUAUGUUUGUAUGGCACAGGUUGUACUUUGUUUCUCACCUGUGGGCGCAACAUUGCGUGUGCGCAGCAGAAAGUUUCCAGCUAUAACCAACUGCACAUCUAUCGACUGGUUCCAUGAGUGGCCAGAAGAGGCUCUAAAAUCUGUCAGUGCCAGGUUUCUGGAAGAUGUUGAACUUUUACAGGUAAUUUUAUAAGUUUAAAAAAAAUUUCAAGGCAUAGUAAAGCUUCUUGGGAGAAAAAAAAAAGCAAUGAACACUCUUCAUCAGUAGUCAAAUUUUAAGAGAAACAAAAAAUGAGAAAUACUUCUUUAAAAAAAGCUGUCAUUAGGUGGAUUCCACUGGUACCAAGCGUUUAAAAAACAUUUGUUCUAGCCUGAUUGGUCGGAUUCAUCCAUUGAUUAAUAAUAAUUCCUUACAUUAGCAUUAGCAUGAGCAGCAUUCAUGUGAAUAACACUAUUAAUUUUAUAGCAAGAACUAGAUAAAUAAGAUUUUUUUUUUUCUGUAAAUUUUUACAUUAGUCUGAGGUUUGUACCUUUUUGAAUAGUUUUUAAUGAAUUUGAUUAAAAGUUGUUUUGAUUUAGUUUUUAAAAAAAAUACAAGGAACAAUUUACAUGUUUUUUUUGUUUAAAAACUCACAUGUUUUAUAUCAAAUUACAGCUGCCAGAAUAUUAAGCCAAUAUCAUAAAUUAUUAUUAACUAAAUGAGUGAUAUGGUGAAUUAGUACAUAUAAAUCAGGGAAACAGGUCAAUUCAGUGUUUUAAGAUCCUGUAAUUUUUCAUUCUCCUAAUCUAUGAGUUAUUAAAAACAUUGAAUUAUAAGAUUUAUAUUUUAUUAAAGAUGUUAGUUUAUAAACAUUCUCAAAAACUCAUAUUUUGUCAUUUUUGUUACCAAUCUUGACAGCGUGUCCUAUUAUGUCAAAUAUUUUCUAUUGAUGCUUAUUCCACAGCCUGAAAUGCGUGAGUCCAUUUCUCUCUUCAUGUCAUAUGUUCACAAAUCAGUAAAUGAAGUGUCCCAUCAGUUCUUGGCCAAUGAACGCCGCUACAACUACACAACACCAAAGUCUUUCCUGGAACAGAUCACACUUUAUCAAAACUUACUAACCAAGAAAAACCAAGACCUGCAAGCCAGCAUUAUUCGUUUGGAAAAUGGUCUUGAGAAACUCCGUAGCACAGCAUCUCAGGUUAGAAGCUUCAAUUUCAACUUUUAAGAAUUUAGGAUCAAUUUUAUUCAAAUAUGCACUUGUAAAAGUUAUAUUAAUAAUAAAUCCUCACCUCUAUCUCUUUAAAACCUAAUAUAUAUCAUACACAUUAAAACUCUACUUUCAUUUAUUAUUUUUACUGGAGUUUUACUUAUGAAAUUUUUUAAAUAUCAUUAAGAACUUGUGAAAGGGCCAUAGGUGCCAACAGGAUUUUUUGCAUUUAUUAUAAUAUCUUUUUUUUUCCUUAACAAACAUUGAAAGAAAAGUUUUUACAAAUCCAUUGUUUAGGUUGAUGAUUUGAAAGCCAAGCUGGCAUCUCAAGAAGUGGAACUUGCCAUUAAGAAUGAGGAUGCUAACAAACUGAUUCAAAUUGUUGGAGCUGAAACAGAAAAGGUCACGCGUGAGAAAACCAUUGCUGAUGAGGAGGAGAAGAAGGUCACAGUGAUUACGGCUGAAGUAGAAAUUAAAGCCAGGGAUUGUGAGAAUGAUCUCGCCAAGGCAGAGCCUGCACUUCUAGCUGCUAAAGAUGCUUUAAACACUUUGAACAAGGUACAUUAAAACUGAAUGAAAGCAAAUCUUUUUGAAAAGGGAACUUUGUUUCAAAUGUAUGCAGAUUGUCAGUGUAUUUAUGAAACAUUAUUUUGAUAACUCUUGGAUAAUUGCUUCAAACUGAAAGCUUUUCCACAUUAGAAUAUUAAAAGAUAUUUUUAUUUCUUUUGAAUUGAUUAAGGUCUCAGACAUGUUAAUUCUGCAACAUCAUAACUUAUUCAUACAUUUUUUCCUGAAAUACCUGCUGCUUUGAAAAUGGCAGAGUUAAAAUAAAAUGUAAAACAUAUUCUAACAUACAAUUUUCUUUACUCCUCAGAACAACUUGACAGAGUUAAAGUCCUUUGGUAGUCCCCCAGGUGCUGUCACAAAUGUCACAGCUGCUGUCAUGUGCUUACUUGCACCAGGUGGAAAAGUCCCUAAAGACAGAUCAUGGAAGGCUGCUAAAGCUAGCAUCAUGGCAAAGGUAAUUAUAAUGAAAAGAAAGAAGGGUUGCUUUCCAUAGUGAUACUUUAUUUAUAUUUAUUGAAGUCUUUAUUUAUCCAGGAAAGUAUACUUAUUAAUGGUCAUAUAUACAAAUGUGACAAUAAGAAAUGAAUCUCGAGAAGGAAAAUAAAAUAAAAAUAAUUUUUAUAAUUGAAAUAAAAUUUUAUUGCAUAAGUUCAUAUACAAAUGCAGUUUGAGAAUAGUGAUUCAUUUAAGUUUACAAUGCAAUAAAUGAAUACAGCACUCCUUCAAGUUUAUUGAUUUGUUUCUUUUAUUUUUAUUACUUUGGUGCAUAAUAUAAUUUCAAAAAAGGACCAAUUCAAAAAUCUUUCCAGGGUUAUCAGUGUACUUUUUAAAACUUCUAUAAAUAUAAACAAAGGAAACUUAAGUUCAAUUUAGAAUAAUUAAACAAUUUGCACAACUUUUUUUCCUUUCUUUUUUUGAAAAGGUUGAUCAAUUCUUGGACAAUUUGAUUAAUUAUGACAAAGACAACAUUCAUGAAAACUGUCUGAAAGCCAUCCAGCCAUACAUGAACGACCCAGAAUUUGAGCCAGAGUUCAUCAAAGCCAAGUCUGUUGCUGCUGCAGGUCUGAGAACAUAAUAAUCAUCAUAAAACAAUUAGUUUUAUAAUUUUUAUUUUAUUAAUUAUUCAAUCCUUUAUGUUAUAACAAAGUAAUGAUGGUUAAUUGCAACACAUUCUAAAAUGGGUUAUAUUAUAUGACUAUAAGUUUUUUGAAUAUACUGAUAUUUUUUCAUGCUCUCUUGGUAAGGUCUCUGCUCUUGGGCUGUCAACAUUGUGAGGUACUACGAAGUCUACUGCACUGUAGAGCCAAAGCGUAUUGCCCUCAACCAAGCCAACGCUGAGUUGUCAGCCGCCAGGGAGAAGCUGAGAGUCAUUAAGAACAAGGUUGCAGAGCUGGAGGAGACUCUGGCCAAAUGCCAAGCUGAGUUCGAAGAGGCCACAGCUGAAAAACUCCGCUGCCAACAGGAAGCUGAAACCACAGCAAAAACAAUUCAGCUGGCUAAUAGGCUUGUUGGAGGUCUGGCCUCAGAAAAUGUCAGGUGGGCAGAUGCUAUUGCUAACUUCCGCAUCAAUGAAAAGACACUGCCAGGAGAUGUGUUGAUGAUUACAGCCUUUGUGUCUUAUGUUGGGUCAUUCACCAAGGUUAGCAAAAAGUGUAAAUGUGUCUGCCCGAUCCACAUACAAUUAUGCACACCUUUAGUCAAAAAACACUUGUUACAUGCUGUUACAUUUUAUAUGUUAUAUGUUGUUAUAUGUACUCAGCUAAAUUGUCCUUUAGGAAAUGAAAUGCAGAUUCAUCCUUUGGCAGUUUGCAAGUUUAUUUUCUUCCCCACGUUCUACCGUUAUAAACAUCUUUUACUUUAUUAUAAAAUGGAAUUAAUAUAUGCAGAGCCAUACAGAGUGCGAGGCAAGAAAACCAUGGGCUGUGGGCUCCACUUGAAAAAAAAAAAAGGGGGGGGGGAGUGCAAAAAUCAGCAACAAAGAAUGUUUAGAUUUUAAAAGCAAUAAUUUGAUUUUGUAUCUCCGUGAAUAAGUUCUGUGCUGCUUACUCUUCUGUCCUUGUAUACUAUAUGAUAUAUCUUCAUUAUAUAAAAAUAGACUUCUCAAGCUUGCUAGGGGUGCAAAUUUAGAACUUACUAUAGCCUCCAUAUGUCCUCUGUAAGCAUCUGAAUAGAUAAUGUAAAUGUCUUGAGAUAUUUGUUUUAGCCUUUAAUUUCAUCCCAAUUAUAUGUUGAAGCUUCUAAAUUUCUUCUGUUACAGACAUACAGGACUGACCUAUUGGACAACCACUGGCUACCAUUCCUGAAGGGACUUAAGAGUCCUAUCCCUGUAUCAGAAGGCCUUGACCCAUUGACUUUACUUAUUGAUGAUGCCGUGGUAGCCUCCUGGAACAAUGAAGGUUUACCUGGCGAUCGUAUGUCUACUGAGAAUGCGACAAUCUUGACCAACUGUGAGAGAUGGCCUCUAAUGAUUGACCCCCAGUUACAGGGAGUCAAAUGGAUCAAGACCAAAUAUGGUGCUGAUCUCAAGGUCAGAAUGGCAAACUUUUGUUCAGACUUAAAACAAUAUUCAAUAACAUUUCAUUACAUAAAACAUUUUUAAGGAAAUCUCACAAAGUAUAAUCAUUGGGGAAACUAAAAGAAAAAAAAUUGUUAAAAUUUACGUUUUGUUUUGAUUUUUAAAAAAAAAUUCCAAUUGAUUUAAUGCAGGUCAUCCGUCUGGGCGUGAAAGGAUAUUUAGAAGCCAUUGAAAGAGCUGUGCAAGCUGGAGAUACUGUACUCUUGGAGAACAUUGAAGAAAAUGUUGACCCAGUCCUUGACCCACUUCUUGGCCGUAACACAAUAAAAAAAGGCCGUUACAUUAAGGUGAUUUUAAUGUGCAAAAAAGAUAAAUUAAAUAUUUAAAUUUACGUAUUUAAAUUUAAUGUCAUAGUAUUUGUUUCUAUGUUGUUUUUUUUAAUCUGCAUUUUCAAUACUUACUAAUUGAUAAAUUUAAAAUUGCUUUUUAUCAAAGGAAAAAGUUAUUGAAAUAAAUUAGAGUCUCAUACAUACACAAUUGUUUUCUUGAUAGAUGGGUGACAAAGAAGUUGAAUAUCAUAAGGACUUCAAGCUUAUCCUGCAAACAAAACUAGCCAAUCCUCACUACAAACCUGAGAUGCAAGCUCAGACAACUCUCAUUAAUUUCACUGUAACAAGGUUUGUAAGAUAGUUUUACUUCUCUCUGUGGCUCAAAAUAUUGUGUUUAGCUAAAAUUCCAUUUUUCUUACAUACAUUAUUAAUCACAGUUUACUUCCUUUAUGCUAUUAAGUUCUGUUUAAUUAAACUUUUCUCUGACAUAGAGAUGGCCUUGAGGACCAACUUCUCGGAGCAGUAGUUUCCAAGGAGAGACCUGAUCUGGAGAAACUGAAGUCUGAUCUUACCAGACAACAGAAUGAGUUCAAGAUCACUUUGAAAGGCAAGGAAUUACUCUCUUUUGUAUAAUUAUUUCAUUACAUAUGUCCUUAAAAAAAUUAAUUGGAUUUAAAUAAUGAUGUAGUUAAUUUUUUUUGCAUAAUCUUCCAACAGGUCUAGAAGACAACCUUCUGGCACGUCUGUCAGCUGCAGAGGGAAAUUUCCUUGGAGACUAUGCUUUGGUGGAGAACUUGGAGACCACAAAGAGAACAGCUGCUGAGAUUGAAGUUAAGGCUGCCGAAGCUAAAGUUACAGAAGUGGAGAUUAACAAUGCCCGAGAAAAUUAUCGAACUGCAGCUGCCAGAGCUUCAUUGCUCUACUUCAUCAUGAAUGACUUGCACAAGAUUAACCCGAUGUAUCAGUUCUCCCUGAAAGUAAGUUUAAAAAAAUUCAAUUUAUAAUUUCUGUAAAUAAAAGUAUUCAAUAACUUCUUGAGAUUAUCUACAAGCAGAGUAAUUCAUACCAAGAAUUAAAAAAAAAAAAAAACAACUACGUAUCAGUCUUUACAUAUUUACAAUUUCAGGCUUUCAGUGUUGUGUUUGACAAAGCCAUUGACAGGGCUGAGCCAGCUGAGGAACUUAAACAAAGAGUCAUUAAUCUCAUUGACUGCAUCACAUACUCUGUCUAUGUUUAUACAACAAGAGGGCUCUUUGAAAAAGACAAACUCAUUUUCAGCACUCAGAUGACUUUCUUGGUGAGGAGGAAAGAAAACACUUAAAUAGCAUACAUUUAUUACAAGUAUAAAGUGUUUCAAUGAAAGGAACAGGGAAUUACAAAAUAUAGAUUUUUUAAAAAAUUUUUAAUUGAACUGGUUUAGGAGUAUAAAGAUGAUUCAGAAAAUAAUUGUUAGCAAUUAGUUAAAACAACGACUGAAAGUGCAACAAAUUGAAAAAAAACAAACAUCUUUACUGUUGAAAGGUAAUGUGCGGGAAGUUUUAAAAACGAUUUAAACUGUAAAAACUCAUUUUCUGAAAUUGAAUUUAAAUAGUAUUGUAGGAUAAAUUGGAGAUAUCAUCAACACUAUGAAUUUUAACAACACAAAAUUCUAUAUUGUUAUUCAUCAGAUUCUGUUGAAAGGGAAACAACUCAAUCCAGUUGAGUUGGACUUCUUGUUACGUUUCCCAUUUGUUCCUAACCUUACUACACCUGUGGAUUUCUUGAGUAAUAAUUCAUGGGGAGGUAUAAAGGUAACUAUAAGCAAUUCCAGAAAAAAUUUGACUGCAUUCAAAAAUUUUUUAAUUAUUUUUCUUCAAUCUUAUUUUUAAAAAUCUACUAUACAGCUAAAGAGCUUGAUUCAUAUAGAAAAAUAAUUUUCUAUUAACAUUUAAGUACUGAACAUUCUUUAAAGGCAAUAUUUUGAGAAUUGAUUAAUUUUUUUUCCAAGGCCCUUGCUGCCAUGGAGGAGUUCCGGAAUCUUGACAGAGACAUUGAGGGCUCAGCUAAACGUUGGAAGAAGUUUGUUGAAAGUGAGUGCCCAGAGAAAGAAAAAUUCCCCCAGGAAUGGAAAAAUAAAACCUCAUUGCAGAAACUGUGUAUGAUGAGAGCUCUUAGACCUGAUAGGAUGACAUAUGCUAUCACGUAAGUUUUUAUGGUAUCAUCCCCCUCUUUCUCAGAUUUGAUAAAAAACACAACAAAUAAGAAGAAAAAAUUAUCAGACUUAAAAAAAAAUAUAUAUUGCAUAUGUCUCAACAAAUCUAAAUGUUUCUGUUUUUCCUACUUGAAAUUUUCUAUAAAAGAUUAUUUUAGUUAAAACAGAUUCUUAAAAUUAUAAUUUGAUUUUAAAUAAUUUAUUAUUAUAUAUAUCUGUGAAUCUUUUGAACAUAGCAACUUCAUUGAAGAAAUGUUGGGAACUAAAUAUGUGGAAGGACGUGCCAUGGAGUUCGCCAAAUCAUUUGAAGAGUCUGGACCAGCAACACCAAUCUUCUUCAUCUUGUCACCCGGUGUGGACCCCCUUAAGGAUGUUGAAAGCCUUGGCAAGAAACUGGGCUUCGCCACUGACAGUAAUAACUUCCACAAUAUUUCAUUAGGUCAAGGUCAGGAAGUAGUGGCUGAACAGGCCAUGGACCUGGCAGCUAAAGAGGGACAUUGGGUUGUACUUCAGGUCAGUUUUCAUAUAUCCUCUCAAAUUUCCCCUCUGCCAAUGUUUUUGAAAGAAAUUAUCAUUGUCACAGAAAUAUUUAUAUUGAUCAAAAAUAAUUUGAACAAAUGAAAAUUCUUCCAAUGCUAUAAUAAUGACCUGAGAUAAAAGAAUACAAUUUUUCCAUCUUCUAAGUCUAAAUGAGGUAACUAUUUUUUUAAAGACUAUAUUUCUGAACUGAACUAAAUUCUUCAAAACCUAGUAACCUUUUUGAUCAACAGAAAAAUUAUUUGACAUCAAUGAUGAUAUUGUAUUAUUGGCAUCUUUACAUCUUCGUAACACCAUGGUGCAGCUGCUUUAUUCUUGGCACUAUGUUUAGUGGCUUAUGAUGCCAAUGAGAAGUGGCCAGAAUUGUUUGGUUUACCGCUUAUGUGAAAAAAAAAUUGUGUCCCUGCAGAAUGUCCAUCUAGUUGCCAAAUGGCUGUCCCAACUUGAGAAGAAGAUUGAAGAGUUCUCAGCUGAUGGCCAUGAAAAGUAUCGUCUGUUCAUCAGUGCUGAGCCGGCUGGAAGCCCAGAUUCUCACAUCAUCCCACAAGGUAUCUUAGAAUCUGCCAUCAAGAUAACCAAUGAACCACCCACUGGCAUGUAUGCCAACCUCCACAAAGCUCUUGACAACUUUAAUCAGGUAAAAUGUUAAAAGAUAACCCCUGUAUGAAAUUGUGCAUUCAAUUAAAUAUUUUGAAUAUAAAUUAGCCUUAAAAAAAAGGAAAUGUACAUUUUUAAACAUUAUAAUUUUUUAGAAUUAAUUAUUCCUUGCCCAUAUGUCGGAUUUAUUUAAUUUAAAAAAAAACAUGCCAUCACAAUGAGAUAUCCAGUUUCAUGCAUUAACAUUUCAAGCAUAUAUAGAACUUAGACAUAAAUUUGUUGUUAUGGAACAUAACUUUCUUAAUGAGUUUAUCUUUACCUAUUUUAACAUUGCCCUCCUCUCCUAGGACACUCUUGAGAUGUGUGCCAGAGAGAGUGAGUUCAAGGCCAUCCUGUUUGCACUUUGCUACUUCCAUGCUGUUGUUUGUGAACGGCGAAAAUUUGGACCCCAGGGCUGGAACAGAGUGUACCCGUACAACACUGGUGAUCUGACCAUAAGUGUCAAUGUUCUCUACAACUACUUGGAAGCCAAUGUCAAGGUAAUAUUUCAGUCAAACUUUAAAAAGGAAACGUUUUUUUUUAAACUUUCUGACACAGUGUCGACUUAAGCUGAUUGUAAUUUCUAUUAUAUCACAACUGAUAGGAACUAACAAAUGAUAAGAAUAAAAUUCAGUAAUACAAACAAUAUUCUUGACUUGUUCCAAGUUGUUUGACAAUGAGAUAAAAUCUUAUGCAGGACAUUUUGCACUACUCAUUGAUUGUAUAACUAUAGAUUGUAAUUUUUUUAUUUGUUGUGGAAAUGACUUCACAUUUGUGUUACUGUUUAUCAGGUUCCUUGGGAAGAUUUACGUUACCUGUUUGGAGAAAUUAUGUACGGUGGUCACAUUACUGAUGACUGGGAUAGAAGAUUGUGUAGGACAUACUUGGAAGUCUACAUGCACUCAGACAUGGUAAAUGACAUAAAGGCAACUUUAAAAUGUUUUUCUAUGAAAAGCUCAAUAGUGAUGAGCACAAAUAUUUUUUUAAUGAAAAUAAUAAAUCAGUUUUCUCUAAUAUUUUUGUGAAAACUGGCUUCAUUUCAUUUCUUGAAUGGUGCAAGCAAGGGUAAGACUACAGGAGAAAACCAAAACUGUAAAAUCCAGAGAUAGAGUCCAGAAUUUCUGACACUGAUACCAAUGUUAUUUCGGAAAUCCUGUGAUGCAGUGAGUGCCAAGUUGUAUUGACAUUUGUCAUUCCCUUGGAUCUACUGGCUGCAUGGAGAGUGGGGAUCUGCUGCCUUGAGAAACAGCUGGUCUCCAUAAAACACUGCCCAGGCUAAGUAGCUCUAUUGAUGUUGAUACUUCAUGAGUAGCAUAACUCAUUUGAAAAGCAAGAAAGUUAAAUAGAAUGAAGACUCCACCAUUUCGCUUUGCAGCAUGGAAUGUAAAAACCAUCUGUCCUGGAUGUGACACUGAUCUAUUAGGGAGUCAGAGAGGCAGAAGAUGUGUGAAACAAAGCCCUUGCAACAAAAGAGCACUAUAGAAGGCCAAAGUUAACCAGAAGUCAAGAUUCUUCUGCCCAUACUGCCAUUCCAGAAUCUGCCUCAAAAGCCAUUUGAUGAAGUGUCAACAAGCUACUCCGUCAUUUCAUGAAGACAGAAGGGUGCCAUAUAAGGACAAACUUUAAUUACCUCAGCAUCUGAUUGCCUGCAAUCAUCAGGGAUCUUAGAUGUACUUUUGGCUUUAAUCAUUAGAAGUGUUAUAAAACUAUGUUAAAAGAAAUAUAAUGUACAAUUUUGUCACUCUUCGUUUAUACAAUAUUUUCUGUGAAACCUUUUUCAGCUGGAUGCUGAGCUUUUCCUAGCUCCUAACUUUCCCAUCCCACCCAACUCUGAUUACAAGGGUUAUCAUGCCUACAUUGAUGAGUGCUUACCACCUGAGAGUCCCUACUUGUAUGGCCUUCACCCCAAUGCUGAGAUCGAGUUCCUGACAACAACAUCUGAGAACCUCUUCAGGACUGUCUUUGAGAUGCAGCCCAGGGAUGCUGGAGCAGGUGCCGGUGCUGGAGUCAGUCGUGAGGAGAAGGUCUGUGUUAAAAAAUCCUGAAUUUCUCAAAAGCAAUGAGAUUUCCAGGUUGCUAUUGUAAAAUUUGUGUCAAAUAUUCAUUUCUGGGGACAUUUUUACAAUAUCACCCUGGCAAUCUCCAUCAAAUGAAAUUUGAUAAAUUUAAUUUGAUUAUAUUAGGUAUAUUAUUAUUCAUGUGUUGCUAAUUCAAGUUGAAUUUUAUCAUAACUCACUUAAUAGUGACUUGUUUUACUAGUUUUAAAUAAUUGUUUAAAAGUGUGUAGGCCAUUUUUUAAUAAAAUGUCAAAUUUAAUCCACACAACUGUUCUUUCUUUUAUUAAAAAACUCUUAGGUCAAGUCUAUCUUAGAUGAAAUUGUUGAGAAACUUCCUGAUGAGUUCAACAUGCAGGAGAUUAUGGCUAAAGUGCCAGUAGAGGACAGAAGUCCUUAUGUUGUUGUUGCCUUCCAGGAAUGUGAGCGGAUGAACAUGCUUUUGAGUGAGAUGCGCCGCUCCCUUAAGGAACUUGACUUGGGUUUGAAGGUAAAAAUGACUGUCUAUGCAUUAAAAUAUUUUUCAAAAUAAAAAAUACUUAGAUUUGCAGCCCUUCAAUUACAAAUUAAACUGCUUUAGAAUACUUAAAUGUGCACACAUGUUUUGAUAGUUGUUUUAAUUCAUAGUUAUUUCAUAAUUGUUUUAAUUCAUAGUUAUUUCAUAAUUGUUUUAAUUCAUAGUUAUUUCAAAUGUUUGUGUCCCAGAAAACUGACUAUUCAUCACUUGAUAUCAUAACUCUACUUUUUUAAAUACAUUUUUAACAGGGUGAACUGACAAUAACAGCAGACAUGGAAGACCUCAGCAACAGUCUCUUCUUAGACAAUGUUCCUGCAAACUGGGCUAAACGUGCCUAUCCAUCACUUUUCAAUUUGGCAGCCUGGUAUGCUGACCUCUUGCAGAGAAUUAAAGAACUUGAGACGUGGACAUCAGACUUCCAGCUCCCUGCAGCCGUUUGGCUUGGUGGCUUCUUUAACCCACAGAGUUUUCUCACUGCUAUAAUGCAACAAAUGGCCAGAAAGGUGAGCAAGUUUGAUGAAAUGUAAUAAAAUUAAGAGCUUAUCAGAGAGGCGAAAUAAUUUCAUUGUUUCUUUAAAGCUAUUUUUACCAUGUUACCAUAGCAUCUCUUUGAAUGCAUCUUCUUAAGUUUGGAGAUGAGUUGCCUAAAAUGCUAAAUAAGUUAUUAUAUUUGUCUGUAACACCAAUAAGACUAUUUCACAUAUGGAAUAUUUUAUUUUGUUAGUCCAUUAAGCUAAAUAAAUACAAUGGAAGACUGUUAUGUUGCCAGCUUUGGGUUUGUCAAAAAGCAUUGAGAUAACCAAUGAUCGAGAUAAACGAAAACCAAUAUUAAUACUAUUCUGGAAAUUUCUUUAUGUACACGUUGUGCAUUUAUAAAUGAGAAUGUACAUGCACAUGUUUUUGUAGUUUUUCUUUUUACACAACUGCAUUACCGCGAUUUGUUUGAUGAAGCAAUUGGCAUGCUAUAAAAAUUUACAUACAUGUUUGCUAACAACACAAGGCAUAUGUGGGGUGCCACUUUUCCGGAUUACCCCGAAAUUCCGGAUUCAAGAGGCAAAAUAUUUUUCAGCUCCGGAUUCGUGAGUUUUUAUUUUCUCUCGCUCCGGAUUCGCCAGUUCAGUUUAUUCAGAUAUGGAUUCUGUUUUUUUUUAAAAUUCAACGUGUCAGAACACAUGAAAGUCUAUUCAUCAACAAGCGGGUUCGCUAUAAAUAGAACAGGUACUGCAACCUCUCUCUUUUGUUCGCAAGCCUCUUGCUCCUGGCUCCUUGCGAGUCAAGUUAAUUGCGCGGGCAAAGAUAUUGUCAUUUCAUUUAAAUUACUACAAUUUGAAGUAGGUACGUGUCUGUUGUAUAUAUAUAUGUAUUUUUAAAAGCCGGUGAUUGGUCAUGGGGAUCGAGAUAACUGAUGUUAAGUGGCAAAUGUGGCCACCUUUGUGCUCGAGAUAUUAGGGUUUGGAGACAUAAAAGAAUCGACAUAGCCGGUGAGAAAAUGCUAUGACAAAGAGUAAAUUUGGCGGUUUCACUUUACAAACGUCAACCUUACAGUGUUUGCGAGUUAACCAAGAUCGAGAUAAGUGGGUUAGAUUGUAUUUCUAUAAGUGUUGGUUGAAAGAAGAAAUUAAAUUUCUUUAAAAUAAUAUAUUUCAGUUUGAAUUCGCUUGUGAAAGUGAGAAACUAAACAUUAUUUAUUUUUUGAAAUUCAGAAUGAGUGGCCUCUGGAUCGUAUGUGCCUCCAGUGUGAUGUCACUAAAAAGUCUCGUGAAGAUAUGGCUGGGCCCCCUCGAGAAGGUGCAUAUGUGCAUGGUUUAUUCAUGGAGGGAGCUCGAUGGGACAUGCAGACUGGUAUGAUUGGUGAAGCUCGACUAAAGGAACUUGCACCACCUAUGCCAGUCAUCUUCAUCAAAGCUAUUCCUGUUGACCGUCAAGACCUGCGAAAUGUGUAUGAAUGCCCCGUCUACAAGACUAAGGCAAGAGGUCCAACUUUUGUAUGGACAUUUAAUCUGAAAUCCAAAGAGAAACCAAGCAAAUGGGUACUUGGAGGUGUGGCUCUGUUGUUGCAGGUCUAAUUGUUUUAAAUUUCUUUUGAUUUAUUUUAAAUUACUGCAUUAAAAAAACAUUAACUUCAGUUUAAUAUUUACUGAGGCUUGUAAGAUCAUGACCAUCAAUUCAAUUAAUGUCAACGUAUUGCAAAGUCUCAAAAGAUCUACAAAAAAAUCUCUUUCAACUAUUAAUGAAAAAGAAAUUCUUAAAUUUUAUGUAUCAAAUGUUAUCUAAAUUAUGAAAAACAUUUCAUGAUACCGGUCCUGCUGAAAUCCAUCUGGAAAUCCUACUUAGGUGUAUGUCAACUUGUUCAUGUACUUAUAAUAUGUACAGCUGUUUUGAAGUUUUUAUGUAAAUUGUGAGUAAUUUUCAUGUUUCCCUGUAAUGUGUUUCUCUUACUUUGAUUUUUACACAUUAGGAUGAAGAAAUCUGUGAUAAUAAAUGAAGAGUAUUGAAUUUUAUACACAUAGAUCAAAAGCUUGGAUUUUAAUAUUUAUUUAUAAGAGCAUGAGAGUUGUUCUUUUGUGUGUUUUAUAUUCCUUGAGCAAUUAUUGUGUGUGUUAAUUAUUCCUUUGCCUUUUCAGUUUAACUGGAUCAUAGCUAAUGUAAAUAGUUUUAAAUUGCAAUCAAAAUAUGAAGGCUAAUAUUUUUGUAAAAAUGAUUUCAAAUUAUAUGAAUUAUAAUAUUUUGUUAUCUUUUAUUUAAAAUUGUAAUUAAAAUGUAUAUGUCAUUAUUAAUUACUAGCAAAUAUGACCCAGUGUUUAUGGGCUAAAAAUGGAAGGCAUAUUGGGCUACUUGCUACCUGCUAUUGCAAAGUCUCAAAAUCUACUAAUUUUUAAGUACAUCAGGUUUUAAGAUAGUGUAUACAUACACUCACAAAAUUACGAAAAUUCUCGACCCCCUUGAAAUGUAUAAUUAGUACAUAGUAAUUCCGACUUCCCCUUUUAUUAAAAGAACUAUCUAUGUAUAGAGGGCCUAGAUGUUUACAUUUCUAACAUCACUGGGUUUUGAGAAAUGUUUAUCCUCUAUAUUAUAUAAUAUAGGCCCACCCAACCCUUUUUCAUGCCCCUGAACUCCCAAGAAAAUAAUUAUUAUGUUAAAUUUAUUUAUAAUUUAUAAUAAUUAUACUUACAUGUUACAGAUUACUUAUACUUGCAUAAAAGCAGAUAUAUUUUAUCAUAUUUAAACUAAUUUGAUUUCUGUAAAAUAACAAAAAAAUUCACUAUCAUUGUUUUUAAGAACCCGAUCAUAAUGCAUCAACACUGGCUCAUUCUUAUAUAUAAAGAUUGAAUGAGCAUACAUUAACUUAUUUAUAUUACAGAUCUUUUUGACCAUAAAAAUCAUAUACUAUAAUUUAUAUUCCUACAUGAGGUAACUGACUCAUAACUAUGAUGAUUUUAUUUUAGUAAGCAUUUUUUUUUUAAAAAUAAUUUUCUAAACCUUGAACUAUUUUAUCAUUUAAAAUAAUGUAUUGUAAGAAGUUUUUAAAACAUUACGGUCAAUCAAAAUUCUUAUCUGACAUAAAUUAACUCUACAAAAGUAGUAUUAUCCUUGAUAAAAUUUACGAAACCCAGAAAAAGGCAACUUUUAUACAAACUGCCUGUUAGCAAAUUUUAUCCAACCUUAAUAAAAACAUUCCAUGCAUUCAUUCAUUUUGUAUUUUCAUUUUUAAUAUUUUUUGCCUGCAAACAAUCUUGAUUUAAUUAAUAAAAAUAAACUAAGACAA